CUCUUUCCUCUUCCUCUCUGACGCAGGGCAAGCAAGCGAUGGCUGAGAGAGGAUGGUGGUUAGUGCUAUAUGGGAUCCUCAAUACGUCCACACCCUAAAUCAUAACCCUAACUUUACCUUAAAGGUAGACUCAGCGAUAUGACAUAGAUGCCGAAAGUGAACAGCAAAGUGGGUUAAUUUCCGCAAAAACUAAGGGCGUUGAAGCGUGGGGCUAACUGCUCCGCUGUUUUGGAGCGCUUGCAACAACGCUGUACACAGCGUGAAGCAUCCCUUGCACAUGCGCAGAUACUGUCCGUGUUCGAGAGCAUCAACACCGUCAUUGGUAAAUUGUGACUGACUGAUCUACAAAUAAUAAUGAGUUAUUUAUGAUGCAAUGUGAUUUGUAGGUCAGUCAGUCGCCUGCAGUCGUUUUGACUAUCUCGAACACAGUCAAUAUCUGCGGUGCUGCUCGUGGCAACGUCAUAUCGUUGAGUCUACCGUUUACCGGACGUCCCAGUGAUCCCGUUUAGACUCUUCGAGAGAAGGAUCGAGAGUGGGAAAGAGGAAAGGGUGCUUGGGGAUGGCGGACAAAUCUCUCACGGUGUUCGUGAAGCUGUUCGCCGCGGUAUUUUACGGACUCAGUUCUUUUCUCAUUGUCGUGGUAAACAAGAGCAUCCUCACAAACUAUAGGUUCCCCUCGUCAAUAUGUGUCGGCAUCGGGCAGAUGCUGGCCACCGUGGUCGUGCUGUGGGUGGGCAAGGCUCUGAGGGUGCUGAGUUUCCCAGACUUCGACCAUAGUAUACCUCGCAAGACCUUCCCACUCCCUUUCUUGUACGUAGGGAACCAGAUAACUGGACUGUUUGGGACAAAACGGCUAAACCUGCCGAUGUUCACAGUCCUCAGGAGGUUCUCCAUCCUCUUCACCAUGAUGGCUGAAGUUCUGCUGCUCAA